UGUUUAUAUGGAAGAGAAGGAUGUUAGGAACUCUUUGCUUGUAAGUGUUAAGGUGAUGUGGAAUUUACAUGGCAAACCUGGGCAUCCAAUACCCUGGAGGCACUAUAGACCAUCACUUCCAGCUGCUGCUUCUGAACAGAAAUAAAAAUCUACAAAGACAUCCCAAGAUGGAAAAGCUGCACUUCAAAUCCACUGUCCAGUUCUGGACCCUUCACUAAAUGAGGACACUGAGGUGCUGCAGCAUGUCCAGACAAGGGCAAGUUGGGGAAGGAUCUGAAGCACCAAGUCUUAUGAGAAGCAGCUGAGGGAGCCGGGUUUGUUUAACCUGGAGAAAAGGAGGCUCAGGGGGAACCUUAUCCCUCUCUACAACUACCUAAAAGCCAGGCUCAUAAAAUGCUGGGAGCUACUACAGGACUUCUUAUUGUCAUCUACUUCUCUUUGUGACCCCCAUACACUUCCAAGGAAAUCACUGGAAUUUCAUGACAUGUGGCAGACAUAUCUUGCUACGUAGCCUAUUACCACGAGUUCAGGGAAGAUGAAGAAUACUUGAAAAAUUAUUUGAAAGGAAGCACUGCUAUCAGUGCUACAUGGUGUGAAGACCCACAAAUGACUAACAGAGCACUCCAGAUAUUCUUGGAUAUUCUGGCAGGGUUCAUUGGUCAGCAACUCACCCAGCAAAUUCUAAUCUUCCGUCAACAGCCCCAUCAGUAAUUGCAGGAAUGCAUGGAUCACACACAGGGAAACUAUCUCCUCAGCAGACCUGGGCAAUGGAUUCAAAGUGCUUGCUCUGCAUCUCUCAGGAUAACUCAAGGAAAAUGGAAACAGAUGAGGCUCAAGAUAUGUCCCAAGUUUCAGGAAAGGAAAGUCCUCCAACUAGUGAUGUCCCUGAUGAUCCAGAUGAACCUAUGCCUAUACCAGAAGACCUUUCAACUAGUACUGGAGGUCAGCAGAGUUCUAAGAAUGACAGAAUCUUGGCUGCCUAUUUCUCUGUCCUUCGAAAGCCACCCUCUACGUCCAGUUUCCCAGGAGCUGCAUACGGGGCGGAAGGCUUUAGGGACUUUCAUGCAAUAAUUCCCAAAUCUUUUUCCACUGGUAAUAUUAAAAUAGAGACUCAGAGUGAUGAAGAGAAUGGGCGUGCCUGUGAAAUGAAUGGGGAAGAAUGUGCGGAGGAUUUACGAAUGCUUGAUGCCGCAGGAGAGAAAAUGAAUGGCUCACACAAUGGCCCAGGCAGCAAGGCUUUGUCAGGAGUUGGAGGCAUUCGACUUCCUAACGGAAAGCUAAAAUGUGAUAUCUGUGGGAUAAUUUGCAUCGGUCCCAAUGUGCUCAUGGUUCACAAACGAAGCCACACUGGAGAACGCCCUUUCCAGUGCAAUCAGUGUGGAGCCUCCUUCACCCAGAAGGGCAACCUCCUGCGCCACAUAAAGCUGCACUCAGGUGAAAAGCCCUUCAAGUGUCACCUGUGCAACUACGCUUGCCGCCGCAGGGAUGCCCUCACGGGACACCUGAGGACUCACUCAGUUGGCAAACCCCAUAAGUGUGGAUACUGUGGUCGCAGUUACAAGCAGCGCAGCUCUUUGGAAGAACAUAAAGAACGCUGCCAUAACUACCUUCAAACUAUGAAUCUCUCAAGCAGCAUCUAUCCAGUCAUAAAAGACGAAAGUAACCAGAGUGAAAUGGCUGAAGACCUGUGCAAGAUAGGGUCAGAAAGAGCCCUCGUGCUGGAUAGACUAGCAAGUAACGUCGCCAAACGUAAGAGCUCUAUGCCUCAGAAAUUUGUUGGUGACAAAUGCUUGCCCGAUCUUCCAUACGAUGCCAGCAUCAACUACGAGAAGGAGAACGAGCUGAUGCAGACGCACGUGAUCGACCAGGCCAUCAACAACGCCAUCAGUUACCUGGGGGCAGAGUCCCUGCGCCCCCUCGUCCAGACACCGCCGGGCGGCUCUGAGGGAGUGCCCGUCAUCAGCCCCAUGUACCAGCUCCACAAACCUCUUGGGGACAAUCAGAUUCGCUCCAACCUCCCUCAGGACAGCGCAGUUGAAAACUUGUUGCUGCUUUCCAAAGCCAAGUCUGUCUCCUCGGAACGAGAUGUCUCUCCCAGCAACAGCUGCCAAGACUCAACAGAUACAGAGAGCAAUAAUGAGGAGCGCAGUGGUUUAAUCUACCUGACAAACCACAUAGGUGCCCAUGCAAGAAAUGGCAUCUCUAUAAAAGAAGAAAACAGGCAAUACGAUGUCUUGAGAGCAGGCACUGACAAUUCCCAGGAUGCUUUUAAAGUGAUCAGCAGCAAUGGGGAGCAAGUAAGGGUUUACAAGUGUGAACACUGUCGAGUCCUUUUCUUGGAUCACGUGAUGUAUACAAUCCAUAUGGGCUGCCAUGGGUUCCGUGAUCCUUUUGAAUGCAACAUGUGUGGCUACCACAGCCAGGACAGAUAUGAAUUCUCUUCCCACAUAACUCGAGGGGAGCACCGUUUCCACAUGGGCUAAAACACUGGCACAGAUCAAGCCUCAACAGCUGCGUUACUGGAGCUGCACGAGCCAUGACAGCAACAAAGCAAAAGUCAGCUGGACAGUAAAAGUCACAAGAGAAUCAUAAGUUCAGCAAUGUUCUCCCACAAGAACAGAGAUUUCAUUUUGGUAGCAUGCAUUGCAACUCAGUUUUCUAAAAUGAGUUUUUACUGAAAAUGUUUGAUCACCAAAAACCUUUAGUAAUGUAUGUAGUUUUUGUAGUCACAUAGCUGAGAGCCCUUCCCUGAACUGAUGCUUCUUGCAAGCCCCCUUGCCAGAACUCUUAACCACGUGCAGAGUGCUCCACACAAUGAGGACACAACAGGCAGCAGCAGCCAGGCUUUCUCUCUUAGCACCCUGGGCGCAGGGCUCUUCUACCAGAAGUGUGAUUUUUUUUGAUUUCCAGUAUUAUUUGACUACUUUAAGAAGAUUGAACUCAGCUAAAGAUGGAUGGACCCAUUUCAGAUGACUUCACCAACCGCUGGGGUUGGAUGGGACCCCCUCAGCCAGAAGGUUCUGAGCUGCUUUGGUGGUAAGAAGAACAUUUCCACCUGCAAGGGUGCUACUGGUAUUGAUAGCACAACAUGCCAUGUUUGUGUCACUAGGCAGGCAAGCAGGAAUGCAAAAGAUAGAAGAAACACCCUUGUAAUAUACUCUGUGAAGUAUGAAUUGCAUUUAAUGUAUAGAAAAAGGGUAUUGUUGGCUCUUCUUUGAAUAAAUAUUUUCUCUUCCUAUCUAAUAAACCCCCACUUUUUGUUAAGCAACCCCUCCUUACUCUUCAUAUAAAAGUUACAAUGUAUUUAAUUUUUUUUCUCUUUAAAGUUUUAGUUAUUUAGAAGGGUAUGAUGUACAGUUGAGAAAGUAGAUAGGUAUUUGUGUGGGGAGUCUCCUUAAGCACAUUUUUCAUCUUUUUAAACUGUCUGGAAAAUGUCCAAAUGUCCCUCUCUUAGAUACAAAAAAAAUCCUAUUUUGCUGGCACAGAAGAUGUCCUCUUGUAAAUGUUGUGGCUCUACUCAUAAGUGUUGCACUUGAUUAUUUUUAAAGCACUGAGAUUAAUUAAACCAGCCAGUCAAAAUUUGCAGCCCUCUUCUUUUUUCCUGGCAAUUGCCAUAUAGUGAGGGACCGAGACCCACAAAGUUGUGGUGACCGUUUACUUUCUAUCCAACCAGUCAUUUCACUAAGUGCUUUGAGUUACUUUUACUUCAGUGGAACUAAUCUUAAGAUACAAAAAGUAUUGGGUUUUGCAAAAUGGAGGCGAGAGGCUGCAGCAUUUUGUAGAAUGCAGAGAAGUCCACCAAAAUCUUUCUCCAUGAUGAGUUCUGCUGCAGGUACUAUAGCUUCAGUUAGAAUCAAAACUUCUAUGACAAAUAGAUUUUAACUCUAUACACAUCUGAUAAAAAAACUUUUUUUAAAAGCUUCUACUUAACUUCCUCUUCCAAAUAGUUCAUUUCUCUCCCUGAGCACCCCCAUGCAUUAAGACUGGACAAAAGUAAUUUUUUUGCAGCUGCAUAAAAAUCUGUCACUGAUGCUGCAAUAUUUUCUGGGAAACAUUCAUAAAAAACCCAUCUUAUUAACUUAAUGUUGAAAAUACUUCCACCCUGCAUAAGGAAUGAAUAUUUUACAGUAAACACCAUUAAAUACCCAACAAGACUAGCAGUCUUGUCAUACAUUUACAGAUUUUCCAUUCGCAAGUGCAUGCAAGCACAUGUAUUUACUAUAAAACAGAUUUGAUGGGACCAUGAACUGCUUGUACCUGGGCCAGUGUGGCCUGAUACUACAUUUGCAGCUACAUUUGAUAAACAUUUCCUAUAUACACAUACCAUUACAGGCAUGCCGAGUUCCUUCUGCUUUCACUUUGGCAGGUGUAGGUCAGCAGCAACAACAGUGGAGCUGAGGAAGGACAUUGAUAAAAAUAUGAAUCACAAAUGUGUGCUUACACAAGCUCCAGCUUUGGCUGUUCAUGCAGCUGUGAGGCCCUUGCUUCACUGGACACGUGGGCACGGUGGUGUUUUUACACUGAACCUGCAGGAGAGCCUGACAAUGUGGUGGCUUUGUCACCAGAGUGAAUGCUGUGCAGGAAUGCCCACAGACCAGUGCAUCCUCAGCAGGGAAAACACAUUACUAGUACGUGUUAUCCCCCAAAAUGAGCAGUGUGAACUACAGACCCAAAGGUGGUCGUCUCUAUUCCCACGUUAGAACUCAGUUGCCUUGAGGGAUUUUGUUGAUGCCCUCUACUGUAUCAUAACCCAGCUGGGAGGUUGUUGCUUGUUGCCUUCCAGCCCAAGAGGCUGCACGAGGGGUGAGCACAAGGAAUCCCUGGCCAAGACCCAGCCAUGGUCUUGUCAUCAAUGCCUGCUACACAUUCAGCUCCAAUUCACCUGGCAGUAAGGUGUUACCAAAUAUUUUGCAUAGGAAUGAUCUGAAGAGGACUUUCCGGGGGUUAACUUACAUGGAUGAGUUUCCUUAAUUUUAACCUUUCUUUAAGUACAGAUGGAAUAGGUUCAGUUUUCAUAGCUGGCAGAGUUACAUUCAGCUGUUCUUACCCCUCUCCAAUUUUGAUUGAUGCCAAACGAGAGCGUACAAAGUAAUUUCUGAGCCCUGCUGCAAUGUCCUGUGUGAGAUCAGACACUGGCUGUACAGAAAUGUUCUGCUUUUAUUGCUCUUAGACCUCUUUCCUGUUCUUCCUAGGUUUAGGUCACUAUAUACCCCAUGCCAUAUUUUUUUCCACCCUUCAUUUUAAGACUCCCCCAGCUAUACAGGGGAGGGGGACAGCAGCUUACUCAGGUGGUUUUGUUUCUUUGCUUUUACCAAAAACCAGCACAUAUAAAGCCACGUGCAUGAGCCGUGCAAACAAGCACAGCUCCAGAGGAGUUCGAGUGUGCCUCAAACACAGCUUGGAGAGGUGAUUUCUGAUUCCUGGGUAGGUUUGCUACCUUCACCACAUCUCUGUGCACACACACGUGUCUCAGUCCCUGUGUCUCUCCUUCUGUCCACAUGCACAUGCCCUCUCUGUGGCUUUGUGAAUCAUUAAUAUUUUAUAUACAUUUGUAUGUGUAUAUGUAUCUAAAAUGGUUGGUAUGACAUGAUGGUGAUGCACUGUCACUCACAGUGGGUUUGUUUCCUGACUCUGGAGUUUUCUUAUUUAUACUAUAACAGAAUAUGUUGAUGUUGUAUAAUAAACAGUACAGUAGUAUAAGUAAGCAUAUUAAGACACAGUGUAUCAGGGCAUAGUCUAAUGGCAGAGCAAAUGGCAUUCUCUGUUCACUGAAGGGCUUUUUUAGUUUUGCUUUUUUCCAGUGUUCUUCUCUUUUGCACAAAAUCAUCCUCAUUUUGUUUAGGAACAAGUGGUUCAGUAAUUUUAUUUAUGAACAUAUGCAAGGAUGGCAUGAAAAUAGGAUGUUGUGUCUGUGUUCAUUGAAACAAACUGUGCCCUCAGAAAAGUAUAGUGAAUUCUUCUUUUUUGCUCUUUUUUUGCUCUAGUGCAAUACCCUGAUAUGGCUUAGUUGAUCUUUAAAACUAGUAAAUAUGUGAGUGGUUUUAAGUUUAUAUCUGUUUUAAAAAAGUAAAAAGUAAUUGAGUCCCCUUCUUCCCCAGGCACUGCCUUUUCUAAUGGAAAAAGUUG